AUGGCUAAAAGCGCCAAGAAGGUUGGAAUUGUCUGUAAAUGUGGGACCCAUUAUGGUGCCUCCCUCAGGAAAAUGGUGAAGAAAAUUGAAAUCAGCCAGCACACCAAGUACACUUGCUCAUUCUGUAGCAAAACGAUGAAGAGAUGAGCUGUGGGGAUCUGGCACUGUGGUUCCUGCAUGAAAACGGUAGCAGGUGGUGCCUGGACCUGCAACACCACUUCUGCCUUCUCAGUGAAGUUCGCCAUCAGAAGCCUGAAGGAAUCAAAAGAGCGGUAG